AUGAAGUUUUCGGUAUACGUUUUGGCGCUGGUGGCCGCCGCUGCCCUGGCAGCAGACGGUGAUAACAACAACAACAACAACAACGACAAAUCCACAGCCACCACCGGGCAGAAAUCCUCACAGUCGCAAGCCUCUAAGACUCAACAACAGAGUGCGUCAGCCACACAAAAAGAUGACAAGUCGUCGACCAAGAGCGCUGACGAUUCCAAGACUACGAACGGCUCGGAUAACAAGUCUGGCGACAACAACGACAAGGAUAACAACAAGUCGGACAGCAAGGACAAUAACGAUAACAAAUCUAACGACAAUGACAACAAAUCUAGCGACAAGACAGAAGACAAAUCCUCGACCACUUCUAAGUUCUCCACCUCUAUCGACCCUCGACUCCCUGCUGGUGGUGUAGAUUUGCUUACCCCCGAGGCCACCACCUCCACCUACAUCAAGCUCGGCGAGCAAGCCACAUUUGUGUGGAACUACACCUCUCUCUCAGUGACUCCAUCGGCAAUCAAUAUUGAAGCAUACUGUUCCCAGAACAGGCACUACUACACCAUUGCUGCCAACCAGAGUGCAACGGAGACCUCAGUGGUGUGGGACACCAGUCAGUACUCGGACAACAACACCGAUGACACUCCUCUCAUCAACUCCAACUACCAGCUCUACAUAUAUGAUGCUAACGAGGAUAUGAAUGCUGUUGCCAGUGCUGGUUACUUGGCCUCAUUCAACCGAUACCAGUUUGGAAUCUACUCUCCCCAGCCUUAUGUGCCUAUGGACCAGUUCCAAUGCAACGGCUGUCAGGGUAAGGCGAAGAGUGCCGCUCCUCAGACUGAUAUGCUCGUGGUCAAGAUGCUCAUGGCCUUCUGUUUGAUUAUCGUUGCAAGCUUCAUGCAUUUUACUCUUUAA